AUGAGCCUCUCCAUGCCUCGCCCCUCCCCGCCCUUGUCCCCCCUCAGUGCACGCACCCGCCUGCGCCUGCGAUCCGAAGCCGCGUGCUACCCUCGAAUCUCUACACCGUUGAUGUUGACAUUCACGCUCCUGCCUUCGAGUCCAUCCCAUGCUCGUGCGUCGCCUGGACCCUCCACGCUGCCCCGCUCUCGUCGCACUUGUGCUCAGCGCCCGCACACAAAUUAUCGCGAAGAGAAUGCCACGCACGCUUCAUCAAUCCCGCCUCUGAUGCGUGCACAUGCGACCCCUCAACGCCACGCACCCGCCUUCGCCUGCGACCCACAUCCGCCCGCACGCGUCCUAUCGAUCCCACACCCGUCUCCUCUAACACAUGCCCGCCCGCCGCCGAGUGCCUUUAACCCCCUCGACCACUUGGGCCCACGCAUUUAUCCUCGCCUGCGACCAACAUCUGCGCCCACACGUCUCUUCCAGCCCCGCAUACACGACCUCUCGGCCCCUCCUCUCGUCGACCCUCAUUCAUUCCUCCAUCGUCCUGCCUCGUUGCCAAGACCUCACACUCCACCCCGCGCACGCUCGACCUCUCUUUCGUCAACCGUCCCGCCCUCGACCUAG